UAACCGAAAUUAUUGAUUUUAAUUUUUUUUAUUUUGUCUUUUCAUGUUGAAAAGAAUUCAAUUUAUUUUAUAAUUUUAGUUUCUUAGGUUAUUAUUUUUAUUUUACGGUAUUACAACAUGGAUUUUGGUAAUACAAGUGGAUUGAGAAGCCCAUUUUCACCACGAGUUCGUCAAUCAUUAUCCGGGCGAAGACCUAUCGGAUCGCCUUCUGCUAAAAAGAACCAAAGUAAAUUUCUACAUUCCUCUGGACACCCAAGCGGUGAUGUGAUCUAUAAGACUCCAAUAUGUACGGUGGAAACUUAUGGCACGCCACUUCCAGUGAUAGUCACAGAAACACUCACAUUUGCGAGCGGCGAGGUGAGCGCGCGCGUGUCUGCGUGCGGGUGGUGCUGGGUGGUGAGCGGGCGGCGCGUGGUGGCGUGGCCGCGGGAGCCCGAGCCGGGCGCGGGCGCGGGCGCGGCCCGGGAGUUCACGCUGCCGCAGACAGACCUCGCGCACAAGGCCGACCUGUUCGCGCUCUUCUACCGCCACGAGGACGAGCCCGGCCCGCAGAUGCCGUCCUGUAUUGGUGUAUCACCUGAGGGUAUUGUGCGGUACUGGCCGUCAAUCGGUCAGGAAGGAGUGUACACUGACGUGUCAGCUGAACUGGCUGGCCAGGAAUGUGAACAGCUCGGUGAAUACUCCCGAUCUGGUCUGGUUCUCGCCACUACUACUUGCACUGUUGUCUUGCUCAACCCAGCUGUUAUAGAUGGCCGAGCUACGGUUACGUGUCGUACACUACGACCGCCGAGCGGUUGGCUGGGCGGCAUUGGUCGACGGGUUUCUCUGCUAUUCUUUGGUUCAAUGCCUGCCCAUGCAGAAACAGGUGUGGGUGUGCAGAAGCUGGUGGGAGUGGUGGUGCUGCCGGCCGCGCGCGAAGAUGACGACGAGUGUGUGGUGCUGGUGGCCUCGGGCGGCGGCGGCGGCGGCGGCGGACCGCUGCUGCAGGCCUGGCGCGGCGAGCGACUGCACCAGCUGGCGCUGCGACGCGCGCUCGCAGACCUGCACCACCACCACCACGCGCUCGCACCAGGCGACCUGAACAGCUUGGAGAUAAUGGCUCUGGACGUGCAUGCGAGCGGCACCGACGGCGUGCUACUACUCAUCGCGACUGUUAACAUCGCCAGGUCGCCGGAGUUGAGAUACGCUAUAGCCCACGUGUCGCUCCAGGAGAUGGCCGAACCGCGCGUGACGUCACUGGUGGCGCUGCGGGGAUGGACCGCCGCCGCCCCCCCGCGCCUCCUGCCGCUCGGGCCGCGCGCGCUGCUCUACUCCCCCGCCUGCCUCGCGCUCCUCUCCGUGUGCCGCGCCUCCUGCCGCUCGGGCCGCGCGCGCUGCUCUACUCCCCCGCCUGCCUCGCGCUCCUCUCCGGUGCGUAGUACAGUGUGCAGUGUGCAGUGUGCAGUGUGCCGCGCCUCCUGCCGCUCGGGCCGCGCGCGCUGCUCUACUCCCCCGCCUGCCUCGCGCUCCUCUCCGUGUGCAGUGUGCAGUGUGCCGCGCCUCCUGCCGCUCGGGCCGCGCGCGCUGCUCUACUCCCCCGCCUGCCUCGCGCUCCUCUCCGUGUGCCGCGCCUCCUGCCGCUCGGGCCGCGCGCGCUGCUCUACUCCCCCGCCUGCCUCGCGCUCCUCUCCGGUGCGUAGUACAGUGUGCAGUGUGCAGUGUGCAGUGUGCCGCGCCUCCUGCCGCUCGGGCCGCGCGCGCUGCUCUACUCCCCCGCCUGCCUCGCGCUCCUCUCCGGUGCGUAGUACAGUGUGCAGUGUGCAGUGUGCAGUGUGCAGUGUGCAGUGUGCCGCGCCUCCUGCCGCUCGGGCCGCGCGCGCUGCUCUACUCCCCCGCCUGCCUCGCGCUCCUCUCCGUGUGCAGUGUGCCGCGCCUCCUGCCGCUCGGGCCGCGCGCGCUGCUCUACUCCCCCGCCUGCCUCGCGCUCCUCUCCGGUGCGUAGUACAGUGUGCAGUGUGCAGUGUGCAGUGUGCCGCGCCUCCUGCCGCUCGGGCCGCGCGCGCUGCUCUACUCCCCCGCCUGCGCGCUCCUCUCCGGUGCGUAGUACAGUGUGCAGUGUGCAGUGUGCAGUGUGCAGUGUGCAGUGUGCCGCGCCUCCUGCCGCUCGGGCCGCGCGCGCUGCUCUACUCCCCCGCCUGCCUCGCGCUCCUCUCCGGUACAGUGCCGAAUGACAAAGCGGAAGUGAUCGAUGUGGGCAGUGAUGGCGACCGAAUACUGGGAGCACAGUUGUGCAACGGAGUUCCAUUAUUAUUCAGCAAGAAGCAUGGUGUUCUCGUACUUUCUAUCACCGAUAGCCUAGGACCGCAACAAGCGUCGUGCGACAGCCCUAUGGGUUCUCCGUGUCCCUCUGACAUGUACGACGGCAAUCUGUCCCUGUACGAAAUCGAUCCGCACGAGGUGAGCAUGGUGACGACGGACGCGUGCGGCAAACUGAAGACGGCGUUCCUGUUCUACCUGCGGCGCGAGACGGGCGCGUGGCGCGCGCUCGUGGAGGAGCUGUUCCCGGCGGGGAGUGCGGGGAGUGCGGGGAGUGCGGGGGGUGCGGGGGGUGCGGAGCGCGACGUGGACGCGCAGCUGGACCGCACGGUGGUGAGCGUGGCGGCCGAGCUGCUGGACGACAUGCCGGCCGGCGACCCGCGGUGGCGGGCGGGGGCGCGGGGCGCGGCACGGGGGGGGGCGCGGGGGGCGCCGCGCGUGGCGCUCGGCAGCUCGGCCGCUCUGCAGCCCGCCGCGCACCUCGCAGACAAGCGCCGCGCCUUCGACCUCCUCCUGGACUUCCUCCGCGCCGCCGGGCUCGUCGACCGCCUCGCACUCGUCUCCGCGCAGGAGUGGGGCGUGGGCGGCGGCGUGGUGAGCUCGUGGUGGGUGCUGGGCCACCUGUCCGAGCAGCUGGCCGCCGCCACCACGCUGCGCCGCCUGCACCACGGCGCGGACGGACAACUCAUCGAGGCCGCCAUAUACCAGGUGGUGUGCGGCGAGAGCGGCGAGGAGGCGGAGGAGGAGCCGAGCGUGGAGGCGGCGCUGGCUGCCGGCGCGCUCACCCCCAGCGACGUGUUCUACCGCCGCGUCACGCGCGCCGCCCGCCUCCUGCGAGCGCUAGCACGCGCGCCCCCGCCCGCCGCCGCACGCGCCGCGGCCGAGCACGCGCGCGACACGCUCCUGCUGGUCACGGUGAGUGUCACGCGCGCCCCCGCCCGCCGCCGCACGCGCGCGACACGCUCCUUGUCACGCGCGCCCCCGCCCGCCGCCGCACGCGCCGCGGCCGAGCACGCGCGCGACACGCUCCUGCUGGUCACGGUGAGUGUCACGCGCGCCCCCGCCCGCCGCCGCACGCGCCGCGGCCGAGCACGCGCGCGACACGCUCCUGCUGGUCACGUGUCACGCGCGCCCCCGCCCGCCGCCGCGCGCGCGCGACACGCUCCUGCUGGUCACGGUGAGUGUCACGCGCGCCCCCGCCCGCCGCCGCACGCGCGCGACACGCUCCUGCUGGUCACGGUGAGUGUCACGCGCGCCCCCGCCCGCCGCGCGCGCGCGCGCGACACGCGCGCGACUGCUGGUCACGUGUCACGCGCGCCCCCGCCCGCCGCCGCGCGCGCCGCGGCCGAGCACGCGCGCGACACGCUCCUGCUGGUCACGGUGAGUGUCACGCGCGCCCCCGCGCGCCGCCGCGCGCGCGCGCGACACGCUCCUGCUGGUCACGGUGAGUGUCACGCGCGCCCCCGCCCGCCGCCGCACGCGCGCGACACGCUCCUGCUGGUCACGGUGAGUGUCACGCGCGCCCCCGCCCGCCGCCGCACGCGCCGCGGCCGAGCACGCGCGCGACACGCUCCUGCUGGUCACGUGUCACGCGCGCCCGCGCCCGCCGCCGCACGCGCCGCGGCCGAGCACGCGCGCGACACGCUCCUGCUGGUCACGGUGAGUGUCACGCGCGCCCCCGCCCGCCGCCGCACGCGCCGCGGCCGAGCACGCGCGCGACACGCUCCUGCUGGUCACGGUGAGUGUCACGCGCGCCCCCGCCCGCCGCCGCACGCGCGCGACACGCUCCUGCUGGUCACGAAUGUGUUGUCGGAGAUGCACCGGUGCCGCGCGCAGUGGCAGGCGCAGACCCCGGACCCCUCCUCCCCCUCCGCCGCCCCCGCCCCCGCCGCCGCCGGCCCCGCGCCCUCCGCGCCCGCCCCGCGCGCCCUGCUGCCCGCGCUGGUCGACCUACACCGACGCGCACUCACGGAGUGCGGCCGCCAGUGCCCGGACGCGACGGUGCGCGCGCAGCUGUGGGAGGCGGCGGCCGCGCUGGCCGACCGCGUGCUGGCCGACGCCGCCGCCACCACCGCCGCUGCGGCACACGCGCCGCACUACCGCCGCAUGCGCACGCAACUCAUACAACCCUUCGUAGAGGAAGGUCAAAUCGAUCGCGCUGCGGCAUUGGCGGAAAAAUUCAAGGAUUUCGAAAUGCUAAUAGAGAUGUGUAUGAAAGCCAAUGACAUGGAGCGCCUAUAUACUUACAUAGACAAGUACAUCGACGAGGGCAUGGCGGAGUGCGCGUUCGCGUGGCUGUGGUCGCGGUCGGGCGCGGAGCGCGGCGCGUGCGUGCGGCGGCUCGGCGCGCGGUACGGGCCGCGGCUGCGGGCCUGGCUCGCGGCCGCGCCGUCGCGCGACGCCGCGCUCGCGCUGCACUCCAUCGCCGCGCGACACCUGCCGCGCGCCGCCGCGCUGCUCGCACGCCUCGCCGCGCAGGAGAGCCGCGCGCUCGGCAGGAUGAUGGUGAGUGGCCGCGGCUGCGGGCCUGGCUCGCGGCCGCGCCGUCGCGCGACGCCGCGCUCGCGCUGCACUCCAUCGCCGCGCGACACCUGCCGCGCGCCGCCGCGCCUGUUAAAGCGCUUUCGCCGCGCUUUGCGCGCUUUGGAUGAGAAGUGGCUGCGCUUUAUAUGGUUGGCUUUAAAGAAAACAAUGAUGUCUCUCUCUAUGCUUGUAUCAUCGCCGCGCGACAGAACUGUAUUUAAACGCGCUGCUCGCAUGUCUCGCCGCGCAGGGGAACUGCGCGCUCGUAACGCGGCGGCACAUCAGCCACGGCUCGACGACGUGGCUCCACGCGCGCGUGGCGCCGCCCGAGGACCUCGUGCCGUGCCUCACAUCAGCCACGGGCUCGACGACGGGCUCCACGCGCGCGUGCCGCCGCCCGAGGACCUCGUGCAGAUGUACAUAGAAGCAGAUUUCGAUACGCUGACUGAAUACGACUACAAGAAGGCUCUGGACCUCACCGACCAUGUACAGGAUAUGGAGCGCAGGGACGACCUCCGCCUGAGGGUGUGGUGUGCGAGCAUCCGGCGGGACGAGUGGGGCAGUGAUACUCGGGACGAGCUGCACGAUAAGCUGUUCUUCAAGUUAGUCGACCUCGUGCAUGUCAUGGGUGGCGACCUAGAGAUUCUUCUGCCGCCCGUGGAGGAUAUCCUGACAGCACCAGAACUGGCCGAGCUGGCGUCCGACCCUCAGUUCCACUUCCUCAUCAAGUACGGCUACGAGUCUAUCGACACCACGCAUAAAGACAAAGCUGUCGCUAUGGAAGCGUAAAUUGGUUUAAUUAUACUAAUGAAUGAAAGACCGAAUGAGGAAUGAGUGAAUGAAUUUAAUUAAAUAAAUUACAGCAGGUUAGUAUGACUAUGUAUAUUUCCGGUCGAUGCUAGUACCGAAGUUGUUUUGACACUGGCUAUAAGCUAAAAUCAAUGUAAUCUUUGUAUAAGACUGUACAUUCAUUCAUUGGAUUCAUUCAAUUCAUUCAUUCAUUCGACAUUUUACUGUACCGUUUAAUUUUAAAAACUUUGUUCACGUUACCAAACUCUCUUUAUUUAACAGUUUUUUUUGUUCAAAAAUUUUGUUUAUUCAAAGUAUAUUAUCUGAACAAAAUUGUGUACUUAGAAUGUCCAAAAUAUUACAAAAAUCGGUACUUAAUUAUUUGAAUUAAAAAAAAAGCUUUUAUAGUAAUGAUAACAAAUACUGUACGAUUUAUAUACUGUGUUAUGUAUACACUACAGCAGUGGUUCCCAAAUAGAUUUUGCUGCGUACCACUUCAAAAAAGACCUCAAACCUUGCGUACCCCUUAUUGUAGCAAUCACACUAAUAUUCUAAAUGUUAAAGUUUGUGAGUGUGUAUGUUUGUCUUACUAAUAACCGCAUGUACCCCUUGAUGCAACUUCACUUACCCCUGGGGGUACGCGUACCACUAAUUGGGAAACACCGCACUACAGUAUUUAGGAAUCUCGUGAUAUAAAUCAUAUUAUUGUA